CGUGCGGCGCGCGCCGGGACCAGCGGCCAACGUCGUUAAAGCCGCGCCACCUGAUUCACCGCAACCAUCAAUUACUACCAGUCUGCUGCUGCAGCCUCCUCCUCCUCCUCCUCUCCCGGAUCAUCCGUUCCAUUCAUGUGACACCGAUCCCCCACCCGCGCCGCGCGCCAUGGGCAAGAAGCACGCCGCCGCUGCUGCUGGUGGUGGCGGCGGCUGGUUCUCCGCCGUCAGGAAGGUCUUCCGCCCCUCCUCUUCCAAGGACGCCGCCGCGGCGCCUGUCCCCGACAAGAAGGGCGGUGGAGGCGAGGAGGAAGCGCCGGCGGCGGUGCCGGAGGUCCUUCUGCUGGAGCAUUUCCCGGCGGGCGGGGGCGGGGCCGGGACCGAGACGACGUCGUCGUCGCCGGAGGGGACGGUCAAUGAGGCGGCGGGGAAGACGGGCGGCGGGAACGACGAGUACGGCGAGGUGGAGCGGGCGAGGGCGCUGGCGGCAGCGGCGGAGGCGGCGGUGGCCGCCGCCGAGGCCGCGGCAAGGGUGGUGAGGAUGUCGGCGCUCCGGCGCGCGUCGCGGGAGGAGCGCGCCGCCGUGCGCAUCCAGGCCUUCUACCGCGGCUACCUGGCUCGUCGAGCCCUGCGCGCGCUCCGCGGGCUGGUGCGGCUGCAGGCGCUGGUGCGCGGCCACCAGGUGAGGCGCCAGGUCCACCUCACCAUGCGCUGCAUGCAGGCGCUCGUCCGCGCCCAGGCCCGCGUCCGCGCCCACCGCCUCACCGAUCACCUCCACCCCGCCGCCACCUACAGCUCCCGGCGGCGGGACCGCCACCCUCUACGCAACAACUCCUACCACGCCCAACCCGGCGUGCAAGACGACAUCAGCGACGACGACGGCGACGGCGGCGAGAUUGACGGGCACGGGGGGCAGCAGCACCGGCGGCAGCGAGGCAACGCCGACGUCAGGAGCGGGAGCCCUUUCAGGAGCUGGGACGGUAGCAGCCGCACCCCGGAGGAGGACAGGGCCGAGGGCGCGCGCCGGCACGACGCCGCCGCUCGCCGGGAGCGCGCGCGCGCCUACGCCUACGGCUACCAGCAGCAGAGACAAUGGCAGCAGGCCGGCGGGUUCCAGUGGCUGGACAGAUGGAUGGCGGCGCAAGCGGGGCAGCAGCACCCGUCGGAGCCCGACAAGAACCGCCGCGCCGCCGCCAGGACGUCUUCAAACUACGCGACGGCCGCCGACGGCGCCAUGCCCGAGAGGACGGUCGAGAUGGACGCGUCGUCGUAUCGGAGCCCGCUCAACUCCCACUCCGCCGGCCGGCCGCCGGUCGCUCCGAGCUACAUGGCGGCCACGCAGUCUACGCGCGCCAGGGCGCGCACGGCGCCGCCGGCGACACAGCCGCACGCCAGGAGCCGGUCCGGCGCCGUGCUCGCCGGGGACUCGUCAAGCUCGGGCCAGAGCGGCAGCGGCAGCGGCGCUGGUGCCGGCACGCAUGUCCAAGAACCGUGCACCGCGUACAGCCCGAGCCCGGAGUUGAGCUGCACCGGCGAGUGGACGUCGCCGCGCCUUGCCGUCGGUGGCCGUGCCACCAGAUUGCUCUAUACUUGACUCAGCGUGGCGUGUCAUCCAUGAAAACGAAAUCUGAUUGGAUCACGUUUUGUGCUUGAUGGCUGAUUUUGGUGUUUGUUCUUGUACUUGUAUACCAAUGUAUAGUUGUGGUUGCUGUGUGGCUAAUGUCUGAAAGAUUGUGUAAAAGUUUUCAUUGUUCUGAAAAAAGAACCAAUUGUGUAAUAAAGUUGAGAGAGAGAGAGAGAAUGGGAUGAUUUCUUCUC